AUGGAAGCUGAAGGUAGCCGGCUGGCUCAUCAGGGGCUCCACCACCAACUCACUUUACCACCGGGCAUCCCCGGACUUGAUGUCGUAAGAGCCCUACACCAGACAAUUAUCUCCCUGCGAUCUGCACUGGACUCAUCGCGGGAGGAAUUGCGUCGACUCCGAGAGAUUGUUGGCGACUUUCGUGGAGAGAGCUACGUUGAGACAGUUGAACGUCUGUCGCUCGAGAACCACGUGCUGCGUCGCAGAAUUCUCGACGGAGUUAAAACCGAAGCUAUUAAGGAUGUUUUGUCAGAAACAUCGCAACCAGUAAUGAGUACCGUCAUGGACACUGAACCAGAGAAUAAGCCAAAGGAUUUGGACCAGGCUGAGAGCCAAAUAAAUGUUGAACAGCCGUCAAUCACAGAAGAAAAUAAAGAUGAAAAUACUUCUGUAGUAAUAAUAACAGAGUCGCUAAGUAAAACUCUCCAGAGGGAAGAAAUAACUCCGGAGGUAAAUGAAAACAAAGAAAAAGAAUCUGUUGACGUUUUGGAUGCUCCCGCAACGUCCAAAGAAAUUUACGAGCCAGCGGACCUCCUCGACGUUCCAGAUAAAGAUCCUGAGGACAUGAGUCUUCGCAGCGUUUCUGACGGAGACAAUUCCGUGAUUAGCGAAAAUCCUCAGCUGCUUACGUCAGAAGUAAAGCAGGAGUCGGAAAAUGAGUCUGAGGAAUUGGACGAUAUUGAGCUGAUUUUCACCACCGAGGAAUCCUGUCGCGACGUCGGACUCCAAGAGGACUUGGUUUCUAUCAUUGAUACUGAUCAUUGGCACGGUAACAAUAGUAAUACCAAUAAUAAUAAUAAUAACAACGACUCUACCACCAACAAUAAUAACACUGGCGAACAAUCAACGUUGGCGAAGUACAAGACCGCGGACGAGGCUGGAGUCUGCAAUGGCGACAAGACUGUCGGCAGUUCCGUCGAUGAACCGGUGUCUUCUCAGAGCUCGUCAAUCGACCGUGAAGAAAGUGUCGAUCGCUUUGACGAAAGUUCAAACACAAGGUUAAACAAAAUGUGGUCACAGUGUUCGGUUCUUGUGGAAACUGACAUCAGCAAGUGUGGCGUUGUCGAAGAACCAGAACACGCGGCGAAACAUGCCGCGAGAAGAAAUACUCUUGCUGCUCCACCGACCGCAUACAGGCCCAUAAUCCACCGUGAAGCUCUAGCAGCAGGUCGUAGAAAGAGCUCGACACCAUUACGCCCGGUAAUGGACCGGAGUUGUGGCGCAAGACGUGAAUCCGGUGCACAAACAGACAUUUCAGCGCUUCCUGCCCAAUGGCGAUCAGAAAGUUAUCUGGCUCAUAAAGUUGCCCAUACAUUUACGACUCUGCCGAGCAAAUUUGCUCUUCCGACGGGUGUAGCCGGCAGACUUCGGCUCUCAGACAAGACACGCGAGGCCAGAAGAGUUAUGCUCUCCGACAUAAGUUUCACUAGCAUGGUGCCUGAAUUAUCUCGCAGUGCUGAUCAUCUCUGUCACGAUCCACAUUCUCAGAAUUGCUUCAAUUCACGUGGAUGUGGAAUCCGCACCCCAGAGGUGAACAGACGUGAGUCACUGGGGUCACCAGCAAGUUAUUGGCCCCGAUGUAAUCUCGGGGCCGGAUUACCAAGCCCUUGUGACUGUCGAUUAUCAACAGAUCUCUACUCCUCUCGAUAUCGUGGCUCCUUGACCUCAAUACCCUCGCCGGGGCUUGAAGUUGUAGGAGGACCACCUCGAAGACAUUCCUGGCGGGUUAAUGCCGCUUCCUUUGACACUUGGAAAGUGCCAACUGCGACGUCGACACCUCGACCAACUUGGUCUUCGAUGCCCUCGUCGCCGACUCACGUCCAUCCGCCUUCAGUGUCCAAUAGAAUUAUUAAGAAUCCUCCCAAGAGAACUAGAUCCAAAGUAACCUUCCAAGAGUGUCCGAUGAUACGCGGAAGCUUGCCAAACUUACGAUCUGAUUUAAUUGUCAGUGAGAAUAGUGGUGAUUCAACAGAAUCGCUGAUUGAUGAAGCCGAGGACUACUUGAGACGUAGCAUCGACUCCAUGCUAACAAUAUCCAGCGCUGAUUAUUGGAGCCGACAGUCUGCUAGACGAAGAAGAGCACGAAGACACUCAGAGCCUGAUUUAUUUAGUGAAUGGAAUCCACCCCAAGAUGCUCGACCUUAUUUACCAAAAGUUCCACGAGAUCUCAAGUUAGAUCACCUUGUAAAAGUAAUAUCACCCGAAGGCCGCGUACUUCAAGGCAAAGUACGAUACGUUGGUCCAGUUCCCGGCAGAGAAGAGAUUCAUGUGGGUGUCGAAUUGCCAACUGAGAGCGGCUCCUCAGAUGGCACGUUUCACGGACGAAGGUUCUUCGACUGGUGA